AUGUCGACACAUCGAAGGGCAGUUCUGAAUCUUUAUAAAACACUAUUAUACUUAGGUCGUGAUUGGCCUCAAGGUUACGACCUUUUCAGAAAAAGACUGUACAAAGUAUUCACAAAAAAUAGCGAAGAAAGUGAUCCUGAAAAGAUAGAAGUUAUGAUAAAACAUGGAGAAUUUGUCGCAAAGGAGAUUGAAGCAUUAUAUAAACUGAAGAAAUAUAGGGCGAUGAAACAUAGAAUAUAA